AUGGAGCAGCAGCACUUUUCGUCUGAAAAAGAUUACUUACUCGUUCCUCACUAUAAGAAACACAUCACCGCACGCGCGCGGAACAACACGUAUUACUUAUUCGCCAAAAUGCCACACCAGAGUCUCAUCGCGACGAUGAGAAUCGCUUCGUCGCAGAAAACCUCUUCUUCUUCUUCUUCUUCUUCUUCUUCUUCGUUGAAGACGACUGGAAAGAUAUCGUCGUUGUCGUCAUCUUCCCGAAGAAGAAGAAGAAGAAAAACAAGCGCGUUGUUCACGUCGGCAUCAUCAAACGACAAGCCAGCCGUGGUCAUACUACCUGGUUUAGGGAACGCCACCGAAGAUUACGAAGAGUUUAAGGAAGAGUUAUCCUCUCGAGGCUAUGUGGCCACGUCUAUCGCUCAAGUCGCGCGACCGGAUUGGUUGAGAAACGCGGCCGGCAUUGUCAAGCCAUCCUACUGGCUCGGAACUUUGGAGCCUAGGCCGACUGUCGAUUGGUAUUUAGAGAGAAUCAACGAUGCCAUCGACGAGGCAAGAAACGCGAGCGAGAAUAACGGGGAGGUUGUUUUGCUCGCCCAUUCAGCCGGUGGGUGGUUGUCCCGAGUAUAUUUGGAGUCGAAAGAAGACUUUGCGAACGCAAAGCUUGUAUCGAAGAUAAUUUCUCUCGGAAGUCCGCUAAACGCGGUACCUUUAGACGUGCCCGGUGUGGUCGACCAAACCAGAGGCAUAUUAACCUACGUCGAAGCGAAUUGUUUAUCGCCAAAAGCCUUAGGCAUCGAAUGGAUUUGCUUAGCUGGAACGUAUAAAACGGGAGUAAAAGAGUUCUCUCGCGAACGGUUUUCUGAUUUUAUCGUCGGGCAAGGCUACAAACAAGUCUGCGGCGCAGCGGAUGCGAGUGGCGAUGGAAUUACUCCGGUAGAAUCAGCGCAGCUGCAAUUAGAAGGCGUGGAAAAUAUAGUUUUGGACGGGGUCUUUCAUACGCCAGUUGGGUCGAAUAACGAAGAGAGACCGUGGUACGGCACGAAGAAAAUUUUGGAUUUAUGGGUUUCGAAAAUAUGA